ACACUGGGCAGUAAAUAGAGGUACGGAGAGAGCGAGAGAACAGUCCAACACCGAGGGACACAACCGACAGAAACGACAGUGUUUGGACGCCUCCGCCUCGCCCCAGGAUGCCAGACCAAAUCCUCUGGCAGUGUCUCCCACUGGGGUGCGCCCCCUGCCCCCACCAGUCAUCCUCCCCAGAGGUCUGAAAGGAGUCCAAGGUGAAAAGCAAGGUGGAGCCAAACCCUUGCAAGAAUCGCACUGCAAGACCUCUGAGAUGCUCAGAAACCAUCUGACAGGUGAUUUUCAGUGUCCCAACGAACUAGUGCGUUAGGGCGCGUCCCACUCAGCAUCACAGGAAACCCCGUCCACAUGCAUGACACCAUGGGUAGUUCCCCCGAGGUGCUCUCGUGGACUUCCUGCCCCAGCCUGCUGGUGGGCAAACUGAAGGAGGAGCUCAAACUCACUGUGGUUGGAGAUGUCAUGAAGAAAUCCAACUCCCCGAAUUCCCAACCUCAGCCUCCUCAGGCCCCUUCGUCGAACUUACCUCCUCAGAUUAUCACUGACCUGGCCCCACCGACACACCUGCCCGUUCCCCUGCAGACACUGCAGCUGCCUGGCCAGGACGAGGACUCAGUGCUGGGGUGCCUAAGUCCCCCAAACAUGGCCUUGAGUGUGGACUCAACGCGAAGUGAGGGUGGACACUUUGACAACAGUGUGCUCCAGUUGCAGGAGCAGUACCACGAGGAAGCCGGAUCGCCACUGUCCUGUGAGCAUGGUGGGUGUGGCAGUGGGAUGGAGGAACAGAUGGGAGAAGGGGACUGUCCCAUGGACCACAGUGGAGAGGGACCACAGAGCCACCCCCAUCACCCUGAUGACAUCAAACUACACUUCCAGAGAGCAGGGCCUGCGUCGGGGAGCUUCUUAGAGGGGUUGUUUGGCUGUCUUCGCCCAGUCUGGAACAUUAUAGGGAAGACAUACUCAACAGAAUACAAGCUACAACAGCAAGAUAUGUGGGAGGUUCCGUUCGAGGAGAUUUCUGAGCUGCAGUGGCUGGGCAGUGGCGCACAGGGAGCCGUCUUCUUGGGAAAGUUCCGCUCUGAGGAGGUGGCCAUCAAGAAGGUGCGUGAGCAGAAAGAGACGGACAUUAAGCACCUACGAAAACUCAAGCAUCCCAACAUCAUCAGCUUCAAGGCCGUGUGCACUCAGGCGCCGUGCUACUGCAUCAUCAUGGAGUACUGUGCCCAGGGCCAGCUGUAUGAGGUGCUGAGGGCAGGGAGGAAGGUGACCCCCAGGCUGCUGGUGGACUGGGCCUCAGGCAUCGCCAGCGGCAUGAACUACCUACACCUGCACAAGAUCAUCCACAGAGAUCUCAAGUCUCCCAAUGUGUUGGUCACCCACAACGACACUGUGAAAAUCUCCGACUUUGGAACGUCCAAAGAGCUCAGCGACAAAAGUACAAAGAUGUCAUUUGCGGGAACGGUGGCCUGGAUGGCCCCAGAGGUGAUAAGAAAUGAGCCUGUGUCGGAGAAAGUAGACAUAUGGUCAUUUGGAGUUGUGUUAUGGGAACUGCUGACCGGAGAGAUUCCCUACAAAGAUGUAGACUCUUCGGCCAUCAUUUGGGGUGUUGGCAGCAACAGUCUUCACCUUCCUGUCCCCUCCACCUGCCCAGAUGGCUUCAAAAUCCUCAUGAAGCAAACAUGGCAAGGCAAGCCCAGGAAUAGGCCGUCGUUUCGUCAGAUCCUCCUACACCUUGACAUCGCCUCUGCUGACAUCCUUGGAACUCCUCAAGAGACCUACUUCAAGUCUCAGGCAGAAUGGAGGGAGGAAGUGAAGAAACAUUUUGAGAAGAUCAAAAGUGAAGGCACCUGUAUCCACAGGCUGGAUGAGGAGCUGAUCCGACGCAGGAGGGAUGAACUCAGGCAUGCACUUGACAUCCGGGAGCACUAUGAGAAGAAACUGGAGAGGGCAAACAAUCUCUACAUGGAGCUCAGUGCCAUCAUGCUGCAGUUGGAGGUCCGGGAGAAGGAACUAAUGAAAAGAGAGCAGGCAGUGGAGAAGAAAUAUCCUGGGACCUACAAGCGGCACCUGGUCCGACCCAUCGUCAGGGCCAACGCUGUGGAGAAGCUCAUCAAGAAGAAAGGAAGCAUUUCUCACAAACCUGGGAUGCCCCCCCCCAAAAGGCCAGACUUGCUUCGUUCUGAUGGCAUCCCCAGUGUUGACCCUCUCCCCUCCCCUUCACCACUGUCUGCCAGCCCAAAGGUCUCCACGCCUCCUAGCAAAGCCCGCUACCGAAGCAAGCCUCGACACCGCCGCGUCAACAGUAAGGGAAGCCACAGUGAGUUCCCUGGAGUGCUGAAGCCGGUUUCAGGGGCACCAGAAGACACCCAGUCCCUCCAAGAGCAGUCAUUCCAUCACCACCAUCACCACCACCCACCAACUGAGGGGCCCUUGCUCCCUCUGAAGGGCCGUGAGGAGGCUGUUGUGAACUGUGCCAACAACCUACGGUACUUUGGUCCUGCCGCUGCCCUCCGUAGCCCUCAGACUGACCACCUGCAGCGCCACAUUUCCGGCUCCAGCCCUGACAUCAUUUCCACUGCUGUGGAUGCAGACACACGACAGCGGACUUCAUCCACCAGCUCCAAUCCUAUGCCGGGGGCUGGGGCUGGUCCUUUGUGCCCGUGCUGCCAGGCACACCCCUUCCCUGGCUGCCUACACUGUCAGGAAACCUUACCUGUGUCCAGCCGCCCAGAGCUACCCCACUAUUCACUGCUCAGCACCAAAGAAGGCACCCAGUCUUCUUCAGUGGUGCCCAGCAAAGAUCUAGCCUCAGACAGAGAGGCCACAAAGAAGGGCGAGCAGCAGGAACAGGAGACAUCCCAGCACGUACUCGCCCUGCCCACUACACUGCCACGCACUCUCAGACAACUCAGGAAGGGUGGUGAUGAGUCAUCUGAAGAGGAGGAGGGAGAGGUGGAUAGUGAAGUGGAGUUUCCAAGGAGACAGAGACCUCAUCGCUGUAUGAGCAGCUUUCAGUCCUACUCCACCUUCAGCUCAGAGAACCUGUCAGUGUCGGACGGAGAGGAGGGAAACACCAGCGACCACUCCCACAGCGAACCCCUGGAGAGGCUGAGCGCCAGUCAGGAGGAUCACCUGGAUGACCUGCUGUCGCACACACCAGACAUACCCAUCGAUAUCUCCACUCAGUCAGAUGGCCUCUCUGACAAGGAGUGCGCUGUCCGCAGGGUCAAGACCCAGAUCUCUCUGGGAAAACUGUGCUCUGAUGAACACAGCUACGAGAAUCCGUUACAGUUUGGAGACUCAGACUGCGAUUCGUCAGAAGCAGAGUGCUCUGACACCACAAUUAGAAACAACAAAGUCGGAGCUCCUUCAUCAUGGUGAAACCCACCCCAGAGUUCAGUUCUGUUUUUGCCUGGAAGCCAUCAUGUCCCACUCUGCCCUGUAGAAAACCACAGCAAUAAGAGGAUGACAUUGUGAACAAAGCUCUCUCCCUAUAGCAGAGCCCCAUGCAGUCUGUCCCAGAACUUCCUCUCUACCUUUAACUUCAUGAGACACAUUCCCUCUCAUCUCUAGCACAGCGCCCAGGCAACCCAUGGCAGGGAUUCCCUUUUGAAUGAUAAUGUACAGUAGAUAGUGAAACAUUCAUAAUUUAUUUUUGUCUGACUUUUGAAGGAAAAUUCAGGACCCCUGUAAAGCUGACAUUUUGAAACGGAUCAUGGGAUAACUGUGACUGAGACUGGACAAGGAUGCACUUGAUGAUGAUGAAUAUGUGUUGAAGGGCUGAUCUGUCUGAUGCUUGCAGCUGUGGGAAGUUAUGUCACUAUGAUUGUUGGUCUCUCAGGUGACUGACACAGACUAGGAGUGUCACUACAGGCCUUUUGAUCUGGCUGCAGUCUCUCUCAAGAAACCCCAAACCAACAAGCACUCUCCCUUACUACACUUUGACCAACCCGUUUUAUCAUGAGUUUACAAUGCAGAGCACCGUUAACCCCCCCCCCUCCAUCCUGUCCCCGUGGAAACAGUGUGAACACCAGCAUGAGCGACCUGCCUCGCAACCAGACUUCCUCCCUCCAAACCAAUGUACAUAUCUACAUAUCUAGUAACCCCCCACCCUAAACUAAGCAUGCCUGUGCAGCUUGCAAAAGCUCUCAGAAGACUACAUGAAGUGGACAGGCUAGCAGAGAAACAGAGAAGACGACUCAGCUGACAGCUAAGGAACUACAAAUAAAAGAGACUCUUCUUCUUCCCCGACCGUGGUCAUCGUCAUCAUCAAUCAGAUGUCAUGACCCAAGUUAUCGAAGGAGUAAUCGUGUGUGUGUGUGUGUGUGUGUGUGUGCGUGUGUGUGUAAUUGAAUGCAAACCCUUUCUUCUCCAUUAGACAUUACAGUUUCAAGACUCAUCUCAGGAUUGUUUAAGGACUGUGUGAAACUGGACUGGACCAUGUAUAAUUGUAUGUAAGAAUGUUCUUUGAGUGGUACAUCUUAUGGACCAUGCAGGAAUAUUAAAAAAAAGGUCUUAAGGAUAGCCUUGAAGUUCAACCCUUUACUGCUGUAACGGACACUAAUGUCAUGUAGAUAUGCAGAGUGUUUUAAUUGCAACACAGGUGCAGUAUCCCGUUUCUUUAAAUGCACCUUUUCCCAUGUACCAUUUUCUAGCAGGCGAAUUUAUACUCUCUGAUAUGUAACAUCCACAGAAUGCUACUUGUUUUCUGUGCUGUAGUGAAUAAAGCAGCAAUAAUAUAGGUUGGCACUCAGUGAGAAAGAGGUUGCUUGCUCGGGAUCUAGGGUGUCUAGCAGGCUAGACACAACACAGUGACUGGUGAGGAGGAGAGCAGCAAGUGUCAAACAGCUUAGUAUAGUUGUGAUAUUUUUAAAUUGUCCCAUUAUUGUGUACUCGCCUUUUUGGGACUUGAUGCUCAGGUUUUAUGUUUCUGAUUGCGAACAGGAGCAAUAUAUCAACAGCCACUAGAUGGCGACAACAUAAUGAUUUACUUUGCCUUGUGUUAUGUAAAUGUAUUGGCCCCAUUACUUUUUUAAAAUUAAAAGUAAACUAUCUGAUGUUCCAGUAAUAUAACUUUUUUUUGUCAGGUUGUCUGUGAAAUGGGAUACUGCAUCUGUGGACGCGUUAAUGUUAUUCCUGUUUUAGUAUUUCUCAUUCUUCCGUAGUGAUAAACAGCCAGGGUUGAAUUUAACGAUGUCAAGAUGUCAGCUCAAGUGUAUGGAGAAGGCCACGGUUCUAUGUAAGGAAUACAAGCCAGAGACAAGGCCACAGAGCAAUUAAGCUGCUCUUGGUUUUCAUUAACCUCAUCUCAGUGUUACUUCCUCCUGUAUAUAAACAUCUGUAAAUGCAACGUGAUCUGUUUUUGUCCUGUCUUUAGUGUGUCACGCAGCUCGAGCAGAUCCUUGAGCUUGUGUCACUGAUGACCAGACAACUUGUUGGAAAUGGGCAGGACAUUCUUCAGUCUGUAUCACAUCAGUAUUGAACACUGCAGGAGGGUAUGGGUCAUACAAACCCGAGUAGCAUAAGGUGAAUCUAAAACUGUACUGAUGGAUGAAUGACCUUUUGCUUGAAAGCUUUGGAAAGACUUGCAUGUGGUAGUGAACACAGCUGUUGCCUUUCCUUGAGUCUCCUUUAAAUGUCUUCACUCUGUUUACGUUCAUGUGAAAUAACCUAGUGUAUUGUAAUCGCUGGGUAAUCCGAUCAAGCUGUUCAUAACAUUGUCUUUCUGGCUAUAUCCUGUGAAGUAUGAUUGUUGUAAAGUUUUAAUUUAAUUUAGAUUUUUUUUCUUUGUAGCUGGCCUACACGAUUAUUGAAUUAAUUUAUUAUGAAUGACUGGCAAGGUGUAGUGUUCUUUUUAAUUUCAGGCAGCUUUAGAAAUAUCAUGACUUAUGAUUUCUCCUGAAAAGUAUUAUUUAAAGGAAGCACAAUGAAAGGGUAUGGGAAGAGUGCAGUAUUUGUAUGUAAGAACAAAAGCAUUGUCAUAUCACUGACCUUGUAGGGGACCAUUCAUCAUGUAGAUCAUCAGUGCAGAUGA